CCUCGAUUUGCUUGACCUCUCCUCUGAUGAACUCGAUUGGUCUGCUUCCGCUACCCAAACUCCCAAAGGGAAGCAUAACAGUACUGGGAACCUGAAUUCUGAUUUGAGGACAUGGCUAAGUGCUGCAUUGGCGAAUACAGAUACAUGCAUGGAUGGAUUCGAAGGCAUCAGUGGCAAUGUGAAGGGUCUAAUAUCCACUGGAAUUUACAAAGUGAACUCCAUGGUUGAGCAACUCCUCACUCAGGUGCACCCUUUUUCAGAACACUUCACCAGCCAGAGCCAUUUUCCUUCUUGGGUUGAACCAAUGGAUCAGAAGCUGCUUCGGUCAAAUGGGGUGCAUGUGGAUGCUAUAGUAGCUUCUGAUGGGACUGGGAAUUUUACCAAGGUGAUGGAUGCUGUGUUAGCAGCACCUGAUUAUAGCAUGAAACGUUAUGUUAUACACAUAAAGAGUGGUGUUUACAACGAGAACGUUGAGAUCCAUAAGAAGAAGUGGAACCUCGUGGUAAUUGGAGAGGGUAUGGAUGCUACUAUUAUCUCCGGUAACUUGAGUAACGGUACAAAUGUUACCACAUUCAAAACAGCUACCUUUGCUGCGAAUGGAAGAGGGUUCAUAGCACGAGACAUUUCAUUCAGGAACACGGCAGGGCCUAAAAUGAAGCAAGCAGUAGCACUAAGAUCAGACUCCGACCUCUCUGUAUUCUACCGAUGUGGUAUUUUUGGUUACCAGGAUAGUCUUUAUGCACACGCCUUGCGCCAAUUCUAUAGAGAAUGCAAAAUCACUGGCACUGUUGAUUUCAUCUUUGGUCAUGCCACUGCUGUGUUCCAAAACUGCCAAAUAUUGGUCAAGAAAGGCUUAAAAGAUCAAAAGAACACCAUCACAGCUCAAGGGAAAAAGUACCCAACACAAUCAUCUGGUUUCUCAAUCCAAUUCUGCAACAUUUCAGCAGAUUCUGACCUUGUACCCUUUGUUAAUUCCACACAAACAUACCUUGGCAGACCAUGGAAACCAUAUUCUAUAACAAUUUUCAUGCAAUCCUACUUAAGUGAUGUGUUAAGACCUGAAGGGUGGCUAGAGUGGAAUGGUUCCUCACAUUUGGACACAUUAUAUUAUGCUGAGUACAACAAUUAUGGACCAGGAGCUGGGCUAGAUAAACGAGUGAAAUGGCCAGGGUACCAUGUGAUUAAUGAUUCUACCCAAGCUAGUAACUUCACUGUGGCACAAUUGAUUGUGGGUGAUCUUUGGUUGCCUUCAACUGGUGUAACGUUCACUCCUGGAUUUGGGGAUUAG